GCAACAGUGCCAAAAACUGAGACACCUCACUGCUCACACACACAAAGUGGAAAGCAGGAGGUUUUAGAUGAAUAUCAGGAUACUCUGACGAUGAGAUAUCAAGACGUGACUGACGAAACUGAUGAAGCAGGAAUGAAAAUCCCCUUCAACAGCUCCUACACUGAGGUCUACAUCACAGAGGGAAGGAGUAACGAGGUUAAUACCCAACAUGAGGUGAUGCAGCUUGAAACAGCUUCCAAGAAGAAGACCCUCCAUGACGCUCCAAUCAAGUGUCAGGACAUCUUUAAAGUCUUACCUGACCAACAGAAACGCAUCAUCAAAGUGGUUCUGAUGUACGGCGUCGCUGGCGUUGGAAAAACCUUCACAGUGCAGAAGUUCACUCUGGACUGGGCACAGCGCUCCAACAACCAAGAUAUCAGUCUGCUGAUUCCACUUCCAUUCAGAGAGCUGAACGUGAUCAAAGAUAAGCAGCACAGUCUGAUCACACUGAUCUGUCAUUUCUAUCCAACAUUACAGAAGCUCACAGCAGAGAAGCUUGCUGGCUGUAAAGUUCUGUUCAUCUUUGACGGCCUGGAUGAAAGCAGACUUUCACUGGAUUUCAAGAAGAGUGAGGUUGUGUCUGAUGUCACACAGAAGUCAUCAGUCAGCGUGCUGCUGACAAACCUCAUCAAGAAGAAUCUGCUUCCCCGGGCUCUCAUCUGGAUAACUACCCGACCUGCAGCAGCCAAUCAGAUCCCUCUGAUAUUUGUUAACAGGUUUACAGAAGUACGAGGCUUCACUGACCCCCAGAAGGAGGAGUACUUCAGGAGGAGAUUCAGUGAUAAAAAGCAGUCCAGCACAAUCAUCUCACACAUCAAGACAUCCAGGAGCCUCCACAUCAUGUGUUACAUCCCAGUCUUCUGCUGGAUCAUUGCUAGAGUUCUGGACCACAUGUUGACUCCAGACCAGAGAGGAGAGCUGCCCAAGACCCUGACUGACAUGUACUCACACUUCCUGUUGGUUCAGACAAAGAGGAAGAAGAAUGAUGAGGGACAUGAGACGAGUCCACAGGAGCUGACGGAGGCUGACAGGGAACUUCUUCUGAAGCUGGGGAGGCUGGCGUUUGAACAACUGGAGAAAGGAAACAUCAUGUUCUACCAAGAAGACCUGAAGCAGUGUGGUCUUGAUGUCACAGAGGCCUCAGUGUUAUCAGGAGUUUGUACAGAGAUCUUCAAAAGAGAGAAACACCAGAAGACAACAGUCUACAGCUUUGUUCAUCUGAGCGUUCAGGAGUUUCUGGCUGCAGUCUACAUGUACCACUGUUACACCAGCAGGAAGACAAAGGUACUGAUGGACUUCCUGGGAGAAUACUACAGUUACUCAUCUCUGGAUGACUUCCUGGAGACAGCCAUGGAGAAAUCUCUCAGGAGUGAAAAUGGCCACCUGGACCUGUUUGUCCGCUUCCUUCAUGGCCUCUCUCUGGAGUCCAACCAGAGUCUCUUAGGAGGCCUGCUGGGUCAGACAGACAACAGUCCAGAAACCAUCCAGAGAGUCAUCAACAACCUGAAGGAGAUGAACAGUGAGGAUAUUGAUAGUGAUGAUGAUGAGUAUGUCUCUCCUGACAGAAGCAUCAACAUCUUCCACUGUCUGAUGGAGAUGAACGAGGGCUCAGUACAUCAGGAGAUCCAAGAGUUCCUGAAGUCAGAGAACAGAUCAGAGAAGGAACUCUCUGAGAUCCACUGCUCAGCUCUGGCCUACAUGCUGCAGAUGUCAGAGGAGGUUCUGGAUGAGUUGGACCUGAAGAAGUACAACACAUCAGAGGAGGGAAAACGGAGACUGAUCCCAGCUGUGAGGAACUGCAGAAAGGCUCAACUUACUGACUUUAAACUCUCAGACACUGAAUGUGAAGUUGUGACCUCAGCUGUGAAGUCCAACCCUCAUCUGACAGAGCUGCACCUGAGACUCAACAACCAGUCUGAUUCAUUAGAGAAGCUGCUGUCUGCUGUACAGGAGAGUCCAAACUGUAAACUGAAGACUCUGAUACUUUGGCACUGUGAACUCUCAGAGACUCACUGUGAAGUUUUGGCCUCAGCUCUGAAGUGCAACCCCUCCCAUCUGACACAUCUGGACCUGAGUAACAACAAACUGUCUGAUUCAUCAGUGAAGCGUCUGUCUGCUGGACUGGAGAGUCCAAACUGUAGACUGAAGACUCUGAUAUUGUGGAGCUGCAGUUUGUCAAAGAUCAGCUGUGAUUAUCUGGCCUCAGCUCUGAAGGACAACCCCUCCCAUCUGAGAGAGCUGGAUCUGAGCUACAACAACCUGAAGGAAUCAGACAUGAAGCAGCUGAUUGAUCUUGAGCAGAGUCCAGACUGCAGACUGGAGACUCUGGAAUGGUGGUCAUGAUCUCUGUCAGAGUGAGAGUGAACAUCCAGGAGUGUUGAGAGAGGAUCAGCUGGAUCCUGAUGAUCCAUCUGGAGUCUGGAUCUGGAUUUUGUGGUCUUCACUUAAGUCUCUUAACUGACUCCAAACUGAACAGUUAUCUCUGGAUUUAGCUGAAGAUAAAAACAGGUGUUAUAAGUCAGACUGUGAGCCUGGGCUCAUAUUUAUCAAGCGUCUCAGAAUCACACUGAGAGUUAACGAGGACUAAAACUAAUGAAUGAAGCAGAAGAGAAUUGACUGUGACUUUCAGCAGGAGAAGGAUUACUGCUGGGAGAGAGUGAGACGUGGCUGUUUUACCACAGUCAGAGCAGCAGAGUAGAAAUAAUGUGUGUUCUGUCUCCUUAUUCAACAAUAAUACGUUUUAAUCUUCAACCCAACAGUGUUUACUGUUUUAUUCCAUUUCUAUCAUCACUGCUUAGCUGUUUGUUUUAGGAUUGAUUUAAAGAUUUGAUGACUUUUAAAGGCUCCAGAUGACUUUUCAGAGUCUCAGUGUGUAAAUAUUAAAGGUAUCCAGCUUUAAUAUACAGAAAUAUGUUCAAAUGAACAGUUUAUAUCUCUUUAACAAUGUGUGUGUUUAACAAUAACUAUAUCAUUUAAACUUGUAGGUGAGAUCAUGUGAUCCAGCCCUAUCCAAUCACAUCCUUUCCAUCUAGUUUUCUACA